UGGGAUUCUUGUGCAAGAGGAGAAGAUACAGACCCAUUUCUGGACCCUGGACAGGUACCUGCAGACAGUUAAGAUGAUGUUCCCCAGCCUUAUAGCUCCCCCAGCAGUGUACCCCAGUCUCCUGAGACCGACCCCCACCAUGAGUCUGCACUCCGCUUUAGCAAGCCACUCCAGCUUCCUUGUGGAGGAUCUGAUCAGAAUCAGCAGGCCAGCAGCAUACCUCCCCAGGGCUGUACCUCCACCCAGCAUGUCACCCCCUAAAUCUGACAGCCCCACUGGCAUGUCAGACUGCAGAAGGGAGAACACAGCACAGAAUUCUGCAAACACCAACGGUUCUACUUACCUGAAGUUUGGAGUCAAUGCCAUCCUUUCUUCAAACACAAGGACAGGUGAGUGUCAACCAUGGAGGGGGGGUGGGGGGGGAGUAUAACUCUGGAAAGGCAGGCAGUGAGACUGACAGACUACAUGUUUCUUUACUGAACUGUGAAUUGUGGUGAAUUUAAAACCUUCAUAAAUGCAGAUCAAAAUAGCUGAUCUUUGAUAAAUUGUAGUUUAUCUUGGAUAUUUUAUAUUAAAAUUAGCUUCACUACAGUACACAGUUUAGCAAACAAACCCUUCUAUAUUCAAAUAGUAACCAUUGAUAUUUUCAAACAAUUAAAACAAAGCAAAUAUAUACUGAGAGGCUAAAUAAUAAAUGAAUGGCUUACUGCUAAAAUGAGAGUAUUUUACACAUUAACAUCUUAGAAUAUGACAUUAAGUUCAUAGUAAAUUAAGCAUUGCAGGUACCUCACCCUGACAACUCCUAGCCUAUAACUGUAUACAUUUCCUACCAUUUCCAAAAGGGGACUGUUUCCUAAAGUAGGACACUUGCUAUGAAUGCUACCUGUCACAUACAGAAGUAUUAUACUCCAACCACCCUAAUAUUUCUAUAUAGAGAGUGCACUGUUGGGGUCAGAAUAGUCCUAGUUAGUGCUGGGCCAGUAAUUGCUUAAUUAGCAUUUUAAAAAUGGUAUUUAGUGGUCAGAACCCCUUAAACCAAACAAUUAAGGGUCUUAUUACAGUCUAUUUUUUUAAGCAGAGGGUAAAUCGGUCUGUUAUGUGUUAUGACUCACAAUUAUAUCCUUUACCACUGAUUUCUAUACCAUUCCGUUUCAAAACCAUUUGAGAUGGUAUAUAGGAAUUUUCCUGAUGUAGGAAUUUAGAAUAUUUGGAAAUAUAACCUCUCAGGGUAUUGAGAUACUUUAGGAUAUCCCCUUCUCCCGGUGCUGAUGAUCAAUUGGAGGAAGGGGAUACCCCAAUCCUAGCUAUUGGUGAUACAUAUUGGGAAUAUAAUCGGUAAUGUUCCAUCCCUAGCUAUUGGUGGUACAUAUUGGGAAUAUAAUUGGUAACGUUUCAUCCCUAGCUAUUGGUGAUACAUAUUGGGAAUAUAAUUGGUAACGUUCCAUCCCUAGCUAUUGGUGGUACAUAUUGGGAAUAUAAUUGGUAACGUUCCAUCCCUAGCUAUUGGUGGUACAUAUUGGGAAUAUAAUUGGUAACGUUCCAUCCCUAGCUAUUGGUGGUACAUAUUGGGAAUAUAAUUGGUGACGUUUCAUCCCUAGCUAUUGGUGAUACAUAUUGAGAAUAUAAUUGGUAACGUUCCAUCCCUAGCUAUUGGUGGUACAUAUUGGGAAUAUAAUUGGUAACGUUUCAUCCCUAGCCAUUGGUGGUACGUAUUGGGAAUAGAAUUGGUAACAUUUCAUCCCUAGCUAUUGGUGAUACAUUUUGGGAAUAUAUUUGGGAAUGUCCACUCCCUAGCUAUUGGUGGUACAUAUUGGGGAUAUAUUUGGGAAUGUGCCAUGCCUAGCUUUUGGUGGUACAAUUUGCAUUGUAUUAAAGAAUGUCCAGUCCCCAUGUGUUGGUGAUAAAUAAUGGCCUCUGGAAAGUUUCAACAUUAAUUUUGCCUCUUGGUUUCAGAUACCUCUCCUGCUCUGAUUUCAACCCUCUCUCCAAAGACCUUCUCAUUCCCGUAUUUUGAUGGAUCUCUCCAGCCCUUCAUCAGAUCUUCCUACUACCCAGGUAUGUCUUUAGCCGCUUUCUGUAACUCUUGUUUGGGAUAGAUGUCCAAUUUCCAGACCUAUUUCACGCCUAUUCCAGGGCUAUUCCUCUACAUCCCCCUCCGGGUCUCUGCUAAGGUCCGGGGACUAGAAAAAGGAGGAUCCGGAGAAAUCAGUCUCGCUAAUUUGAUACACUUUUUAGCACAAGCUCAGGCUCCUGACAUUGUGUAGCAAUUGCCUGAUCUACAAAUUAGCACGAAUUGUCAGGCUGAAAAUUUGAGGCGUUUCCUGCUCGGAGGGGAAACCUUGGCUCCUCUUCAUGGCUGUUCUUUCCCACAGAGUCAGUGCACUUUGCCUGAUUACCAACAAAGCAUUUAGCACCAUGACCAAUCUGCCCAACCACACACAGACACCUACCAGCAAUGGACUAAUUCUCCAUUAAGGGUCACCCAGUGUUCUAAUAAUUUCACAAGACCACAUAGUGAGUUCCCUUGUGUGGGAUAUUAGCCGGUCCACUCAAUGAACCAAACGUCCGUCCAAUUAAAGGACAAAGUCAGGGUAAUAUAUUAGACUUCAAAUUGUAGCAAAGUGAAUUCCAAGAGGCAAAAUUAAGGCUAAAUCAAAGCAGCGGAUUUGGAGAAACUCUUUACGAUGGCUACAAUCGCAGAUUAAAAGUUUUAGCCUGAAUUUUGCUUUGAGAUUUCAUUUUGCUGCAAUGUGACAUUCAGUGGAUUAGAAUGACGACAUGGUUAUUUAACCCCUUAAGGACACACGACUGAAAUAUUCCGUCAUGAUUCACUUUUAUUUCAGAAGUUGUGUCUUUAAGGGGUUAAUAAAGUUUGACUUGUUGGAAAUUGAAAAUGUAAUACAAAGUGAAUUUCCUAUUUUAGGCCAAAGUAGCUAAGUUAAAAUGUAGCUUUCUGGGCCUAAAUGUUGAAUGUCUGACAUUACACACGUCAGUGAAUAGCUCUGUACAGUGACCGGAAAAUAAUGAAUAGGGAUUGCCAUGUCCCCUAAUAUGUGAAGUUUAUUUGUCUCUAAGUUUUAAAUCUUAAACAUACCCAAAAAUGCCCUUUCCCCCUCCCUCACUGGCCCUAAUAAAGGAAUUUAAUUCCAUUCCAAACCUAGGGUAUUUGUCCCAAAAACAACUGUUUUUUUUUUUUUCUCCUAAAAAGGGAAGAAAGGGGGAGGCAUAUAACUCUUUUUAAAUGAAUGAUUGAAGGGAGAAGUACACUGCCCCUGUCACCGGAGUCCCACUGAUGGCAUUGGCAUGCAGUUGUGUUUAGUUUCAAAGUGUAAAAACUCCUUUUGUCCCAAUAAUAUAUGGCUUUAGCCAAAGAGCCCAGUCUCAUUCUGCCACUUCAUUACUACACAAUUACCAUUCACGCCUCAUUAGAAACACUGCUUCACUUUGCUUUGGCUCUAAGAAGGGUCUCUCUCCUUUUUAUCACACAAAUACAUUGAGCAGCAAAUAAUUAGCUGCAGUUUCCAUUUGGACAAACUAUUUGUAGCGGAGUCUACUUCUUUUUAAAGAAAAGAGGGGAAUGUAUCCAAGAUGGAUGGAUGGAUACAGAGAUAGAGAGCUGGUGGGAUAGAAUGAUCCGCACAAAGAGGGCAGAUCAUAUAUAUAUUUUUUUUGCUAUAUAUAAGAUCUAUUUUGCAGAAUACUCUUUGCAUUGGGCUGGGAAGGUUGGGCUCAUAAAAUAACCAUUUAUUUGGGGUAGUUACAGGCUGGGGCCUGAUGGCUAGGAUGCAUCAUGCAGCACUUUUUAUUGAGGUGGGGAACCCAGAAAAGUGAUGAUUGGGGGUGGAUCCACUUUUUGGUCUCAAACUGUUUGGGGUCUGAGUUUUGAUGUGAGAUUAGAAGAAUCUUUGAAAAUAAUUAAGGUCUCAAUAUAUAGAAUUGAAAUGUAAAAAAUUAAAAGGGGCUCUUUUUAUAUUGAUUUAAUUUUUUUUUUUUAAAUAGAACCUAGAUUGCAUGUUAGGUUUCUUUACACAGAGCUGGGCUCAGUAUGAAUGUACUUUAAUUUAGCCUUCCAAUCCUGCAAUAGCUCCCUCUAGUGAUGCAAUAUGUGCAUUAUGUCCCUGGUAGGCUGUUAUAGUGUAAGCUGAAUCUUGUCCUGCGGACACACCAGUUUCAUAUUCUAGAAUUAAAUAAUGAUAAUGUCUGUCUUCUGAUUGGAUUUAUCAUUAAUGUUUUAUCUUCUUGUUUUCCAGGUUCGUCCUCGGUGGUUCCGAUUCCCGGUACAUUCUCCUGGCCCCUGGCGGCUAGAGGUAAACCGCGGCGGGGGAUGCUGCGCAGAGCUGUAUUUUCAGACGUCCAGCGCAAAGCCCUAGAAAAGAUGUUUCAGAAACAGAAGUAUAUCAGCAAACCAGAUCGGAAGAAACUGGCAGGGAAACUGGGCCUUAAAGACUCUCAGGUAGAAACCUCAAACCAUUUACUGCGUUACAGCUGGGACCUAGGCAAGAACCGCCCCGUGUAUUUAUAUUACUGCAUGGCACAAGUUUACCAGCCAUGGCAGCCAUAGAGAAACUGGCACUAAAUGCACAAACUCCAAAUGGCACCAUCUCCCAGUACAAGUAGUCUUUGCAAAACGACAGAGCCCUAUCCACCCCACAUAUCUCACCAAGUUUAAUCACUAAAGGAGGGUGGAAUCCACGCCAUUGUGCCAGGAUUAUUUACAAGUGUUAAUUAACAGAAAUAUAAAACUGAAUUCAAAGUAAAUUUAAAAUGAUGGACCAAUAUAGUGAUGCUGCAGCUUACCUGUAGAAUUUUUCCAAUAUAUGUAAAAUUUAUUUUUAAUUCAAUUUGAAACCCCAAUAAAUUGCUAAUGUUAAUAACCGUGCUCCGAGGACUUUUUCCCAGUCAGAAGUUAACUCCCUACAACACACAGUUUAGUAGAUAAGCCCCUGUAUUGUUGAUGGGUGUUGUUUGUUGGGGAGAAUUUCACACUAAUUGUGCUGAGCUAUUGGUCAAAAAUAAAUGAAACGCAAAGAUAAUAUUUUUGGGAAACGGCAAUAAUGUUUAAUUCACUUUGCUUUUUUUUGUAUAUUUUAGGUGAAAAUCUGGUUUCAGAACAGGAGGAUGAAAUGGAGGAACUCAAAGGAAAGGGAACUUCUCUCUUCCGGAGGGAGCAGGGAGCAGACGCUACCCACCAAAUUUAACCCUCACCCCGACCUCAGCGAUGUGGGUAAGAAGAGUCUUGAAGAUGGUGAGGAAGAGACUCUGUGCCCAGCUGGCAGCCCAAGGCACGUCUUGUCCUACGCGUGCUCUGACCUCCACCUUCGCCUGGACGCUCCGCUACCCUCCUCCCCCUAUAACUCCAGCAGCCCCAGCAAACCCUCUGACUUCUCUGACUCAGAGGACGAGGAAGGGGCACAGGAGGAAGAGAUCACGGUGUCCUAG